GAGAGGAUGGCUGCUGACUUGUCUGUUGAAUCCCCGAUCUAAAUUGGGCAAGGAGGGGGAUUCACACGGUUUCUCCACAUAUUCGAUAGGUGUUGGGGCAUCUGGACCUGUUUGCCCUGACGCCUUUUAGUAACUUCUAACUUGAUGUAUUUUCUGGUUUUCUUUGGGGCCGAAGAAAAUGUUAUAAAAGGAGUGAGCCGAUUGUUGUUUUUUUCCCCAAGAAAAGUAGCUCGCUGGUACAGUAUCGCAAUUGUUGCUGUCUGAACUGGGGACGGAGUCACUUGGAUUUUUAAAGGACUGUCCUGGACAAUCAGUACAACAUAGACGUAUGUUGCUUUGAAAGUGGAAAAAACACAGCUGCCUGGAUUCGCGUUUGUGGAACACGUUUUAAGAUGGACCUGAAAGUGCUUUUUAUAGCAACUUUCUUAGGGAUAAUUUGUUACAGCUGUGCCCAGCAAGAGGGGAAUGAAUGUAUCAAGGCCAAUGCAAAGUCCUGUGGGGAAUGUAUCCAAGUGGGUGAAAAAUGUGGGUGGUGUACAGACCCUGCCUUCCUGAAGCAGGGGGAGCCCACAUCGGCUCGCUGUGACGAGCUGGAGUCCCUCAAGAAGAAGGGCUGUAACGUGUCCCUCAUCGAGAACCCCCGCGGAAGCCAGACCAUCAACAAGAAUGUGGAGGUCACCAACCGCAGCAAGAAAGGGGCAGAGAAACUCAAACCGGAAGAGAUCACACAGAUCCAGCCCCAGAAGCUCACUCUCAACCUCAGAUCUGGUGAAGCCCAGUCCUUUAAUCUUAAAUUCAAAAGGGCAGAAGACUACCCUAUUGACCUCUACUAUCUCAUGGACCUGUCUUUCUCCAUGAAAGAUGAUUUGGAAAAUGUCAAAAACCUGGGAACAAGCUUGAUGUCUGAGAUGUCAAAGAUCACCUCGGAUUUCAGAAUUGGUUUUGGCUCCUUCGUGGAGAAGACAGUCAUGCCCUACAUCAGCACCACGCCUGCCAAGCUGCUGAACCCCUGCACCGGGGACCAGAACUGCACCAGCCCCUUCAGCUAUAAGAACGUGCUUAAACUUACCGACGACGGCAAGCAGUUCAACACCCUGGUAGGGCAGCAGCAGAUCUCAGGGAAUCUGGACUCCCCGGAAGGUGGCUUUGACGCCAUCAUGCAAGUGGCAGUCUGUGGUGAGCACAUCGGUUGGAGGAACGUGACACGGCUCCUGGUGUUCUCCACCGACGCUGGAUUCCACUUUGCAGGAGACGGGAAACUGGGCGGCAUCGUGCUGCCCAACGAUGGGAAAUGCCACCUGGAGAACAACAUGUACACCAUGAGUCACUACUACGACUAUCCCUCAAUUGCUCACCUGGUUCAGAAACUGAGCGACAACAAUAUUCAGACCAUCUUUGCUGUGACGGAAGAGUUCCAGCCUGUAUACAAGGAGCUGAAGAAUCUCAUUCCAAAAUCUGCCGUGGGUACUCUGUCUGCCAACUCCAGCAAUGUGAUCAAUCUGAUCAUUGAUGCUUACAAUUCUCUGUCGUCAGAGGUGAUUCUGGAGAAUAGCAAGCUGCCUGAUGGUGUGACCAUUACCUACCAGUCCCGCUGUAAGAACGGAGUGGUCGGAGAGGGGGAAAACGGCAGGAAGUGUUCCAAUAUCUCCAUUGGGGAUGAGGUCUCGUUCAACAUCAGCAUUAAGGCGCACAAGUGUCCAAAGCAGGGACAGUCAGAGACAAUCAAGAUAAAACCGCUGGGCUUCACAGAGGAGGUGGAGCUUGUCCUCAACUUCAUCUGCGAGUGCUCGUGUCAGAAGGACGGAGAGAAAAACAGCCCUAUCUGUCACAACGGCAACGGGACAUUCGAAUGCGGAGCCUGCAGGUGCUACGAAGGGCGCAUUGGAAGGCAGUGCGAGUGCAGCACGGAGGAGGUCAACAGCGACGACCUGGACGCCAACUGUCGCCGGGACAACGGCACGGACAUAUGCAGCAACAACGGGGACUGCAUCUGCGGGACGUGCGAGUGCAAGAAGAGGGAGAACCCGGAGGAGCGCUACAGCGGCAAGUUCUGCGAGUGCGACAACUUCAACUGCGACCGCUCCAACAACAAGCUCUGCGGAGGGCACGGCCGGUGUGAGUGCAGGGUGUGCAUUUGCGACGCCAACUACACCGGCAGCGCCUGCGACUGCUCGCUGGACACCACCACCUGCCUGGCCUCCAACAAGCAGAUCUGCAACGGGCGGGGCACCUGCGAGUGCGGAACCUGCAAGUGCACCGACCUCAAGUUCCAGGGCCCCACCUGCGAGAUCUGCCCCACCUGCCCCGGCGUCUGCGCAGAGCACCUGGAGUGCGUGCAAUGUCGGGCUUUUAACAUGGGCGAGAAGAAGGACACCUGCGAGAGGGACUGCAUGUACUUCAACCUCAUCAAAGUGAAGGACCGGGACAAGCUGCCCCAGCCUGUCCAGGCCUUCCCACUCAUGCACUGCAAGGAGCGCGCCGCCAACGACUGCUGGUUCUACUACACCUACGCCGUCAACAACAACACCGAGAAGGAGGUCCACGUGGUGGAGGACCUGGAGUGCACUACGGGUCCUGACAUCAUCCCCAUUGUGGCGGGCGUGGUGGCAGGCAUCGUGCUGAUUGGCUUGGCACUGCUGCUCAUCUGGAAGCUGCUCAUGAUCAUCCACGACAGGAGGGAGUUCGCCAAGUUUGAGAAGGAGAAGAUGAACGCAAGAUGGGACACGGGUGAAAAUCCUAUCUACAAGAGCGCCGUGACGACUGUGGUCAAUCCCAAAUAUGAGGGCAAAUAAUGGGGUCUCUCUUCUCUCAUUACAACACUGUAUGCAAAAUAGUCUGGGGGUGCAGGGGUGUCUUUUGUUGUUGUUUUUUUUUGUGUUUGUGGUUUUUUUUUGUUUUGUUUUGUUUUCCAUUUGUUUUUGUAGUCACAGUAUUAUAGCGUUACGUUAGGCCACUUCUUCUGUAUGUUUUACUAACAGUAAUUUUUUCUAUGCAUCAUUUGAAAACUGUACAGUAUGUAUAAACUUGGAUUUAUGUUUUGUUGUUGAUUCUUUAAAUGUUUUAAAGGAAAGUUUUUGCCACGGGACUGGCAAGGUUAACAAAGGUCAUAUUGUGCCUUUCACAGAAUCAGAUCUGUAUGGACAGAGAGAUCAGUUCUCUAUGUGGACGUUUAGCCAUUGUGAGAGUGUCAGUCAGGACCUGAGUUUAGAACAAGAUCCUUAGCUUGUGCAUUGUGAGAGGGCUGUCUCUUGGAACCACCAUUGGUGGUGCUAUUGUGUAUUAUGUAACUAGUCUGUAGAUUCUGUUAUUGAUUCAGUUACUCAACAGUGGGGAAGAAGAGGAGGGAUCUGAACUUUUUGGGUUUUGUUUGUUUAAUUGAAAUGUUCGAUUGAUGAAAAAAUAUUUGUCAACCAAAUAAUUUUCAUUAAAAUACAAUAUGGGCAGCCAUAUUUUGGAAGUAGGUAGAAGUUGUUUUAUUUGGAGAAAAAAAAAACUCAGGUCCUUUUCUGUGCUCAGUUGAAAGCUAUGCCAAAUAUAGCUGCCUUAUUUGCAAGACAAAAGCCUUAUUUUAAGAGUUUUAUGUCAACCACCACAAGUGAAUUUUUUUUCGAAGGGGUACAGAAUGUUUAAUCGGUUCGAGCUUGCUUUUUUUAUCUCUGUUAUUUCUUUAUUACGUACGUUCUUCUCAAAGUAAGAGGCUUGGUUGUUCUCUUCCUUGUGAAAGCUCAAGACAAAUCCAUUGUUUCAGUUUGAAGAUCAGUGUUAAGGGAAUGGCCUCUAGGACUCUCAAAGCCUAAAACACCUCAUGUAAUCAAAACAUCAUGUUCUUGUUUUAAAAGUGCCUUUUUAUUUCUGCAUUAUGUUCACUUUUGCAAUACUGUUCCUGAAUUUAUUUAUUAAAGUACCAAAAAUGACCAUUACUCUGUUUUAUGUUUGAGGUUCCUUUCCUCAGAUUCUGUUUUAUCAAGUAACCUAGUGUUCAAAAUAUUUCAAAAUAUGCUCAUGUUUAAAGUUCGGGGUCAGGUCAGAGGGGAAAAAAAUCCACGAGAUUAUUGUUUGUACAUUCCAUGUACAUUUUAAUAUAUGUAAUUGCAUUACUUCUCAACUAGGUGCUAUAUGAACAAAAUCACAUUUAAACAUGUUUUGAUUAUAUGGGGAGUAAUAUCUAUAUUACUGUUUUCUUCCCCUAAUUUGCUGUAUAUGUAUUUUUAAAAAGCAAUUUUUACAUGUAGCCACAGGGCAAAUGGAUCACAGAGGGCAUAUAAAAGCCUUGAACCAAAGAUGGG